AACAACUAAUAGUCUGGAAUUUUUAAUUUUUAAAAUUAAGCAGUGUAAACAAGUAUACAAACCAAUGAGGGGAGGGGACUUGUGGGGGAAAUAAAUGGAGGUGACCAGUAGCCAUUGUCUACAUACGAUACAUUUACAUUUCAGAAGCAAGCAAGACAGACGACAGACACAGGCAGAAGAAAUUAUUGGCACUUGGCAGCUGGAACCAGUCCAUCCCUUCUUUACUUUUUAGCAGUACUUCCUCUCUGUGAACUCUUGAAUGUGUUGUUUCCCUUCACCAUUCCCUCCUCUUCUCCUGUCUUGAUUGAGAGCCCAUUUUCUCUUUUGUCCAUGACCAGAAAACUAGGGGCAAUGCUGCUGAAGCAGCAUCGCCCACCUUUCUUGAUAUCCACCAUCAUUUGCUUCUUCUUGAUUUCCCAGAUCUGUUUUUCAGCAUCAGCAGAAGAAGAUAUUGAUGGUCAUGAUCUAGACAGAAUCAAGAAUGAUCUCCAGAAGUUCAACUUUGAGAACCCAAGUCUCCAACAAGCCUACAUUGCCCUCCAAGCAUGGAAGCUGGCCAUCUUCUCUGAUCCAUUCAACUUCACCAAAAACUGGGUAGGGCCAGAUGUCUGCUCCUACAAUGGAGUCUUCUGUGCUCCAUCUCCUUCCAAUGCUUCCCUCAGAGUGGUUGCCGGCAUUGACCUCAACCACGGCGACAUUGCCGGAUACCUCCCUCCCGAGCUCGGCCUCCUCACCGAUCUGGCCCUCUUCCACCUCAACUCCAACAGAUUCUGCGGCGUAAUCCCCAAAACCUUCAAGAACUUGAAACUCCUAUUCGAGCUGGACCUCAGCAACAACAGGUUUGUUGGAGGGUUUCCUGGAGUAGUCCUCUCAUUGCCUCUCCUCAAAUUCUUGGACCUGAGGUUCAAUGACUUUGAAGGGCCGGUUCCAUCACAAGUAUUCGACAAGGAUCUCGAUGCAUUGUUCCUCAAUGACAACAGAUUCCGCUUCCGAAUCCCACCAAAUCUGGGCAACUCCCCUGUUUCUGUCCUUGUUUUGGCUAACAACAAGCUAGGAGGGUGCAUCCCAGGCAGCAUUGGCAACAUGGCAAGAACGUUGAACGAAUUAAUCUUUCUAAACGACAACCUCACCGGGUGUAUUCCGCCGGAGAUUGGACUGCUGACGAAGCUCACCGUGUUUGACGUGAGCUUCAACAGCCUCCAGGGGCCGCUGCCAUCGACCAUUGGCAGAAUGAGGAGCCUGGAGCAGUUGGAUGUGGCGCACAACCGCCUCACAGGUGUGAUUCCGGCCAGCAUUUGUCAGCUUCCCAAUCUGCAGAAUUUCACCUAUUCUUUCAACUACUUCACUGGGGAGGCUCCGGUUUGUGGUGCCAUUUCUGGGAGAGUUGCCGAUGGGAGAGAGAACUGCAUUGCCGGGAAGAGUAAUCAGAGGUCGGCUGAGGAAUGCUCUUCUGAUGCUGCUAAGCCUUUUGACUGUAGAAAAUCUCAGUGCGGGAACUUUGCUCCGAAGCCGCAGCCGCGGACCAGGAGAAGUCCAGGCGUGGGUUCAAAGCCUCCAUCACCGAAGCCUAAUCAGACUCCGAGACAGUUCAAGCCCGCAUCUCCUCCGCCGCCGCCGCCGACUUCGGAGUCUUCCCCAUCUACUAGAUCGCAUCCUCCACCACCGCCAACAGCGUCAACGCCAACACCCACGCCCUCGCCAACACCAACUCCGACACCUGGACCAUCCCAUCCUCCGCCGCCUACUGAGGGAGUUUCUCCGGUGACUCAUAACCGACCACCGCCUCCUCCUGGACCGGUGAACCCCAAGCCCGUACAUUCACCUCCAUCACCACCACCUCGGGUAUACUACCAGCCACCUCCACCGGUAGAGACCCCACCUCCUACUUAUCAACCUAAAGCACCUCCACCACCGCCAGUUUACACUCCAGCACCAACUUAUCAUGCUCCGCCGCCCCCAGCUCCUACUUAUCAGCCUAAAUCACCUCCUCCACCGGUUUACACUCCAACACCAACUUAUCAAGCCCCGCCGCCUCCACCACCACCACCUGUGUAUGUAACAUCUCCUCCUCCUCCUCCACCUGAACAUAAACCGCCAACUACUCCAGCUCCUUCACCAGGAGCGUAUGCACCAAACCCAUCGCAUCCUCUUCCACCACCACCGCCACCCUACAAAUGUAAUGAACCACCACCACCACCACCACCUGAAUGUAACGAACCUGUCCCACCACCACCACCACCUAUUGAACAUCAUUGGCAGUCACCUCCAUCUCCUCCACCACCCAGUACUCCAUAUCACUACACCUCCCCACCACCACCACCACCAUCGCCACCUCCUCCAUAUGUAUAUAAAUCACCGCCACCUCCAUCACCAUCGCCACCGCCUCCAUACAUUUAUUCGUCCCCACCGCCGCCAUCACCAUCCCCACCUCCACCAUACGUGCAUCCAUCACCGCCGCCACCCGAGAUGAACGUUCCCCUUCCUCCAAUAACAGGAGUCUCUUAUGCAUCACCGCCACCACCUACAAUUCCAUACUAUUGAACCCUUCUCAAGUGAGAGGAUUUGGAUGGGGAUUCAUUUGCUGCAUGCAUGCAAAUAGCAAAGUUACAAAGGAGGGCUCAAAGUGGUUGAAUUUUGGGUUUGACUUUUGAGAGGCUGCUUUCUAGUUUUGAGCAAUAAUUUUUAUAUUAGAGAUAAAAGUAGUCUCAUAUGAAUUUUUUUGGGCUAUUAUUUUUUUUUUUUUGUUUUCAUUUCUUUGGGGGCCUAAUCAAAAUUGAUUAGGGUAAAAAAAAAAAAAACUCAUUUUGGAGUUUCUUGUGUUGUGUCAA